UGGGACGCAUCAGAAAGAUCGUCAAGCCUAACUGGAAAGCUCUACAAAGGAUAGUUGACUAUAUGGGUCUAUACGAGGCGUUUCGCGACAAACCUUCGGCAACAAGAUAUGGGGAAAUUCAUCCCACAGCAAAAUUCGACGUAUUACAUGCCACACUUAUCUAUAUUUUUUGUGCUUUUGGUUUUUCAUUUCUUAUCCUGCUACCGGGGUAUAUGCUGAAGGAGCGCAUCUCUGUUGCAAUUAGAAUAUUUGUUAGCCUUUUCAUUGGAGCUGCUAUUUUAUUCUCAAAUUAUGGUAUGCAAUGGGAGAAAAGUUCUGUUGACACAACCACUCAAUACAAAGCGUUUAUGAGCCAAGAAAUAAGCGCAUCAGUUGGUGUUAAUAUUGGAUUACGAGGAAUUAAUGUGACUUUAAAAGGACUGCCUCUUCAUCAAACGUUUGAUAACAAUAAGACAGUUGAGCAUGUGGAUUACAAUGAAAAGUUUCGUUGGAACUCCCCUUGGUCACAGGGACGUUCUGGAUUCGGACCACAUGCGAGUCAAUUAAACAAUGAUUACCACACAGCUCUUGAGAGAGGUGUUCCUUAUCCAAUACUAUUGAUUGCUGAAUACUUCACAUUAGAUGGAGAAAGUGUCCGAUGGGGAAGGGGAUUCCGAAUGGCUGGAUUCUAUACGCAUGCGUUGUUAUGGAUGGGUUUCACUUUAUGGGUGGUCACCAAUAUUCUGUUUCUGAACGUGAUACGAUAUGGCGCUUAUUUUCUCUCUCUCACUGGUGUCAUCGUUCUACUAGCGAAUCUCAUCUACGAUUCGCUACAUCUUGGACCAGAACUACUCAUUCCUUUUCCAGAUGGCAGUUUGAAUUUCACAUACGGCUGGUGUUUCUGGCUCAGUUUUUCGAUAGGCUUUUUGUGUCUCGUACUCGGCGUAUUAAUCGUCGCUCUUGACUACUUUUUUCCUGGACCGGUGGCAACUUUCUUCAACAUAGAUAUUGUAACGGAGUUUGAAGAUAUUGUUGAGGUCGAGGAGGAUAUCAGUCCUGGGGACGAACUACCUGAUGCAUCUUCUGAUACUUCUUGCAGGGAUGGAAAACACGGAGAAGGGGAGGAUAGUAAGAAACGUAUCCACUUCGUAUCUCGUUCACGUUACGCGGGUAUCUCAGCCAGCUGGAGACGAAAGAAAAAACCCCUUAACCAAGUGAAGUCUUUGCCCUUCCUUCGACCGAUGCCUGUUCAUAAUUCGGGCGUUCGCAGAGCAUCUUCAGUAAAAAUCAACAUUGAGCAGCUACACGAUAACGAGGCGUAUGAUGAUAGCGGGGAGGACAUUUCUGGCGGACCUCAAGGUUCAAAGGAAAGUGAUAUUCCUGGAGAAAACAGUGCAAAUGAAGAUCUUUCAAAAGAACAUCUGGUGAGAAGUGAAUCGCAGAAUGACAAAGGAGAAACAACGUUGUUUUAAUACACUCUUUUUGAAAAUGCGACAAGAAAAGUGUGUUAAAUAUAUUUUAAGAUUUUUUGCACUUCACUCGCGAUGUUGAAAACAUUAACAGUUGAGAAAAAUGAGUAUUGCACCAGCGUGCAUGAUUUCCACAGUUCCACUCGAAAU